AUGUCUGAAAAGAUUGUCGGAAUACUCGGUGGUGGCCAACUAGGUCGCAUGUUGGCAGCGUCAGCCUCCCUUUUGAAUAUCAAAAUCGCUGUACUCGACAUCGGCGAGUCAGCUCCCGCUAAACAAGUCGCGUCCCUCGCCGGUUCAAAAUUGAAGCACAUCGAUGGUUCCUUUAAAGAUCCUAUCAAGAUUAAAGAGCUUGCGGCUGCCGUUGACGUCCUUACGGUAGAGAUCGAACACGUCGAUGUCGAUGCUCUGGAAGAAGUACAGAAAUCAACGCAAAUCGAGAUUCAUCCCAGCCCAAGUACGAUCAGGGUUAUACAGGACAAAUUUCGACAGAAGGAACACUUGAGGGAGAAAGGAUGUUCAAUAUCAGAGUACUUGCGGGUGGAUUCAACUGUUGAAUCUGUGAAAGAAGCUGCUGCCAAGCUUGGGCUACCAUUAAUGCUAAAGUCGAGGACACUGGCUUAUGAUGGACGAGGAAACUAUGUGUUGAAGGAUAUUGAAAAUGCAAACGAGGCUAUCGAUGCGUUGGGUGGUAGAGAGUUGUACGCUGAGAAGUGGGUCACAUUCGUCAAGGAGAUUGCUGUCAUGGUUGUCAGAGCGCGCGAUGGAACCGUCACCUCAUAUCCAACGGUGGAGACUAUCCAUAAGGACAAUAUAUGCCAUCUCGUUUUCGCACCUCUCAGAAGCCGCGACCCUUCACUAUCAGAACGAGCGAGAGCUGUUGCAGAGCGUGCUGUGGCGACUUUGGAUGGAGCGGGUGUGUUUGGAGUUGAGAUGUUCCUCAUGAAGGAUGGUGCAAUAUACAUUAAUGAAAUUGCCCCACGGCCUCACAACUCCGGACACUACACCAUUGAAGCAUGUGAAACCUCUCAAUACGAGAAUCACCUCCGUUCCAUUCUCUCGCUACCUCUCGGCUCAACUGACCUCAAGGUUCCAUCAACGGUCAUGCUGAAUCUAAUCGGCGCGUCGUCAUCCAUGUCAGAAAUUAAGUCAAUCGUGGACGUCGCACUGACAAUCCCCGGUGCCUCCACUCACCUAUACGGCAAGUCAGAAUGCCGCAAAGGCAGAAAAAUGGGUCACAUCACUGUCGUCGCACCUUCGGAUGCAGAACUAUCCGCCAGACUACGCCCGUUGCUUGAGGCUCUUCCAGGAUCAACAAAGGAGGAAAUUGACCGAUACGCACCCGAACUUCCCUGUCGAGGCCACUCGAAUCUAUCUCCCUUGGUCGGGAUCAUCAUGGGCUCGGACUCAGAUCUGCCUGUCAUGCUCCCUGCGGCUCGGAUUUUGGACAAGUUUAAAACACCGUACGAACUCACGAUCGUUUCGGCUCAUCGGACACCUGAUCGAAUGGUGGAAUACGCGCGCUCAGCUGCUAGUCGCGGUCUGCGCGUCAUUGUCGCUGGGGCUGGAGGCGCUGCUCAUUUACCUGGGAUGGUGGCAGCUUUGACGCCCCUUCCGGUGAUUGGCGUUCCUGUGAAGGGAAGCUCUUUAGAUGGUGUAGACUCUUUACACAGUAUUGUGCAAAUGCCGCGAGGAAUACCAGUCGCUACUGUGGCGAUUAAUAAUGGAAUGAACGCUGGGCUAUUAGCUGUGAGGAUCCUAUCAGCCGGAGAUUUCAAGAUCACAGAGGCUAUGGGUUGUUAUUUGGUUGAGCUUGAAAAGGAGGUGAUGGGCAAGGUUGAGAGGUUAGAGGAAGUAGGAUGGGAUGCCUAUGAAAUCAAAUAA